AUGGAAACCCUAGCACAUUUAGUGAUCUUCGUAGCGAUUCUAUCGCUGAUUGGUGCUGACAAUGCCGACUUUCCGUGCGGGACGCGACGCGUCGUUAAGGAGUUCUUGAUUGUGGCUGGCAGUGAUACAUCCGCCGGGGACUGGCCGUGGCAUGUGGCGAUCCUUCAUUGGGAAAGUCGCGACUCUAGUACGUACGCCUGCGGUGGAACGCUGCUGAGUUCGCAGUUUAGCUGGUCUCCACUAUCGGGACGAGCUCACGAGUUACACUCAGCGGCACACUGUUCACAGGAUUCAUCAGGUUCCGAAGAGGAUGGGACUAGUUUGCAUGGGGAUAUUGCAUUGCUGGAGCUGAGCACGGUGGUGAAGUACAACGAUCAUGUGCUACCGGCCUGUCUGUACCUCGGGGACGACCUUAUUGGACGUACUGGGAUGGUUGUAGGCUGGGGCUUUACCGAAAAGGAGGAGUUAUCUACAGUUUUGAAGUCUGCUCAACUGCCCGUCAUCGGUACGAUCGACUGCCUUCUGAGUAACAGGGCUGUUUUCGGCGAUAAAAUCAACCACGACCUGAUCUGCGCCGGACACCUCAAUGGAACCACAGUCUGUAACGGAGACAGUGGCGGUGGACUGUUUUUCAGGGAUAGUGAAAGAUGGUUUCUGGGUGCGAUCGUAUCUUUUGCGCAGAAACGCAAUGGCAGUGAUCUCUGCUUCGUCAAUGGUUACGGAAUGUUCUCAAAGGUACACACCUAUCUGCCCUGGAUCAGGAAUGUCACUGGACAGCGUUUUACCGUUCCCGCAGUAACCCCGACCGCUCCAACACCAGUAAUACGGUUCCAACAAGAAAACAAGACCCUCGGAUGCUGUCCGGAUGGAGUUACCCCGGCUAGUACCGGCUGCACGCCUUCCCGUCCAACGGUUCGCGUGGACAAACCGGCGGUAGCUCACGUUGGUGGCGUCGCCACAAUUCGGUGCGUUGCACAGGGUUAUCCCCGUCCAACGGUGACCUGGACCGUAGCUGGACAAAACCCGAGCGCGUUCGGUAGAGCACGCGCUGAAGAUCACGGGGAUUACCACAUCUUGGUAAUAUCCGAUGUUGAAGGUUCAGACAAUCAAAAGCAGAUAAAUUGUAAUGCUAAAAACCGGCACGGUUCCCAGAUGUACGGUUGGACACUGCCAGUGAUGCAAGGGCGAUCCUCAAACAUCAUUCAAAAAGUCCCCAACCAAGUUUAUCAAGUUGCACCGACCUACACCAGCACGAUGGGACAGCGACCGACAGUGAGGAUAGAAGGACCGACCCACGUUCGGCUCGGCAGUACCGCUACCCUCCAGUGCAACGCUCAGGGUCAUCCCAGGCCGGAGGUAACGUGGUCCCUCGAGGGUCAACGGUUGUCCUCAUUCGGAAGGUACAGCAUCGUGGAAGGCGGAACGACGAGCCAGCACCGGUUGGUGAUAUCCGGUGUCAGUCGAUCGGACAACCUGAAAAUGUUCAAGUGUCACGGACAGAACCAGCACGGCUCGAUGACGUUCGGGAGGGCGUUUGUUGUUACGUGAGGAAGAAUCUUUGGUAUACCUUUCUAGACACGAGAUUAGUGAAAUUGUUACAAUUAGCUAGAGAGCAAUGUAAAAUAAUUAUAUCUUAAAAAAAACUUAUUUGCCCUUUUCACAUGGUAAUCCAGCUAUAAAUAUAACACUGUUAUUUAAACUGAAGCUUUAAAUUCUCUUAAAGCUACACUCAAACCCAGAUGGUUUGACACAAACUGUUGUCAAACGAACAGGGUUACUUUUUAGUUUGACACCCCUUUUACACGGAGU